AAGUUUUAUUAGCGUUUUCAAAACCAUCUGCAAACAUAUGGUCGAAAAAAAAUAUAAGCAUUCUGCAUGACCAUAAUAAAACCGUCAUAAAACGAGCUGCACAAAAAAAUGCCAUAAUUAAACCAUAAUAAAACUUCCUAAUGCUAGUUGGCAUAAUCUGUGUUACUUGGGGAGUUCGUAAUGUUGUUCACCAAUGCUUGAGAUGUUUCAAGACAAAGCCAACUCCAAUCCAGCAGUUCAUGGGCGAAUUACCUACAGAAAGAGUAACAGCGUCUAGGCCGUUUACAAAAACCGGCGUUGAUUAUUUUGGUCCAAUCUAUGUUCGGCCAGGACCUCGAAAACCAGCUUCUAAGGCCUACGUUGCUCUUUUCGUAUGCCUGUCAACCAAGGCAGUUCAUCUGGAGUUGGUUUCCGAUCUUUCUACUGAUCGUUUUCUCCAGGCACUGCGACGAUUUAUUGGGAGGUGGGGGCGAAUCGCUGAUAUCUUCUCGGACAACGGGACUAAUUUUAUUGGAGCAAAAAAUUAUUUGCAAGAGAUCCACCAACUGUUUACAUCGAAACAACACCAGGAGAUGGUUUCAAAACAUUGUGCUGAUGAGGGGAUACAGUGGCAUUUGAACCCUCCCCGCGCCCCACAUUUCGGUGGACUCUGGGAAGCAGCUGUGCGCUCGGCAAAACACCACAUUCUUAGAGUGAUCGGUGAUCAGCCACUACCAUUUGAAGAUAUGAGUACAUUAUUGGUUCAGGUCGAGAGUUGUCUGAACUCUCGACCGAUAACACAGUUAACAGAUGAUCCUAACGAUCUCGAGCCGCUAACUCCUUCGCAUUUCUGGCUUGGCUCCUCUCUUCAAUGUCUGCCAGAACGAGAUUUGAGAAAUGUAGCAACAAAUCGGUUGAAUAAUUCUCAAAUUGUUCAACAAAAAUUGCAGCAGAUAUGGACUCGGUGGAAGCAGGAGUAUCUCUGCCAACUACAGGCUAGAACGAAGAGGUGGAACAAACCAGUUAAGAUUGAGGUCGGAAAACUGGUGGUGAUCUGUGAUGAUAAUUCUCCACCAAUACACUGGAAGAUGGGCCGGAUUCACGAAGUGCACCCAGGGAUUGAUGGGGUAGUACGGGUCGUUACGCUCAAGACUGCAACAGGGUUUAAAACCAGAGCAGUUGAACGUCUUUGUUUGUUACCCGUUCAACCAGAAAGAGAAGUUGUUGUUGAGUCAAACAUUGUGUAAAAAUCCCAACCUAUUCCUUUCCCCUCCCUUCCCAAAGAAGAGGAUUUUCCUUUUUAUUUUUCAGAAAUCGAGCUAUUUCUGGGUGGGUGAGGAUGUACGAAGGUGAUCGCUCCUAGGUACGCUACUGAUCGCAGCCCAUCAAUGCCCCCCCAUUGUCGGUGCGGUGGGCCGUUGGGAGAAGUUUUUCACGAUCGCAGAACAAUAGCCCAGCGAUCCUCUCCACGAAGACGAAACUCACCACAACCGGCUGGCUGGCUGGUAGUAGACGAUUGGCAAGUCAGUCCAGUCUAAGUCACCGUCCGUUGCCGCCACGCGUGUCGUAUUUUGUCACCUUAAUGUUAAAUGUUAGAAGUUAAGAAUAGUUUGUAAUAAAAUAUCAAGUCGAGUUGUGUGUUUAAAUUUAAAUCGCGUGUGAUCUUUUUGAACCGAUGACGGCAAACCAAAUGGCUCAAACCGCCAACAAUUAAAGUGCAUGCAACAGCCAAUAAGGGCCACAGUCCAUCGUGUGAAUCCUAACAUCUUUCCCCCAUGUUGGACGGAGGACGGCAGCACCAGCUAUCAUCGCUAACCCCAGACGGCUGGAGGCGAAGGAUGAACCACGAGCUCGCGCGACUCUACGGCGAACCCAGUAUCCAGAAGGUGGUUAAGGCUGGCCGGAUACGCUGGGCGGGACAUGUUGCGAGAAUGCUGGACGACUGUCCUGCAAAACAGGUGUUCGCUACGAACCCGGUAGGAACAAGCCGAGCGGUGGCGCAACGAGCGAGGUGGUUAGACCAAGUGGAGCGUGAUCUGGCGAACGUGGGGUGCCCGAGAAAUUGGAGAACGGUUGCCAUGGACCGAGUGAAUUUUAGGAAUUAUGUUCGUCAAGUUAUGUCGU